AUGCCUACCUCAUCCCUACUAUGGAGCGUAGGGUCGCUCGCUCUUUCAUCGAUGAUCUUGCCCGCCGCGGCCAGCGGUUAUCAACUUGUGGAAACCUGGAAGGGCGAGGAUUUCCUGACGGCUUUCGAUUUUUACACAGGCGCUGACCCCACGAAUGGAUUCGUCACGUAUGCGAAUCAAAGCUACGCCGAGAGCAAGGGGCUGGUCAAGGUCAACUCGAACGGUACCUUCUACAUGGGUGUCGACCAUACCACGAAGCUGAGCACCAACGGUCCUGGCCGGGAGUCGGUCCGCAUUGGGAGCAACAAGUAUUAUGACGAAGGUCUGUUCAUCAUCGACCUCGAGCACAUGCCCGGAAGUGUCUGCGGUACCUGGCCCGCCUUUUGGUCCACAGGCAAAGACUGGCCUACGGAUGGUGAGAUCGAUAUCAUUGAAGGUGUCAAUAAGAACGAAGCCAACGAGAUCGUCCUGCAUACGAGCGGUACCUGCCAAGUUUCCAGCCAGAAGAUGACCGGCACCCUUUCCUCCACAGAGUGUGGUGAAGACUCUGGUACUACUGGAUGUGUUGUUGAAGGUACUCAAGGUUCUUCUGGCACCCCGUUCAACGAGAACGGUGGCGGUGUCUACGCUAUGCAGUGGACAGAUGAGUUCCUCAAGUUCUGGUUCUUCCCCCGUGGUUCCAUCCCCACCUCUAUCACCAAAGGCGACCCCGAUGUCGCUGCUUUCGGCACUCCGAUGGCGCACAUGCAGGGCUCGUGCAGCAUCGCCGAACACUUCAAAGCCCAGCAGUUCAUCUUUGACACCACCUUCUGUGGUGACUGGGCUGGCGGAGUUUACAGCACCUCCGGCUGUCCUGUGAGCGAUAGCAGCAGUUCCUUCAAGAGCUGCGUUGCUUAUGUCGCCGAGAACCCAGCGGCUUUCGCCGAGUCGUACUGGGAGAUUAACUACAUAAAGAUUUAC